AUAAAUGUUGCAAGCUGUACGAUGAUAAUAACCCCCUACCUCAAUCGUAAAAUUACAAGACCGCUAAAAUGGAUUUUAGCGUUAAUUUUCUUAUAUUUGAUUUAUAUAUGCUUAUUUUCCAACAAUUCGAAGCCACCAAAACCAAGAAAAAAGCCAAAACUUGUGGAAAAUUACACGUGUCCGUUUGCAAGAACAGAGGGCACUGCCAGUGAAAAUCUAUUUUUCCACACUAACAAUGGAACCGAUGCACGAAUUUUAGUAAUUCUGGACUCACUUUUUUCGAGACAUGGAAAAACGAUAAUUCAAAUUUUGAACUCUCAAAAACUACAGUUCAAGGCAGAAGCUGUUUCAAAAAAUCUCCCAGUGCUAACUACAUCACGAAGAGGGAGAUAUUCGCUUAUAAUAAUUGAGAAUUAUUAUAAAUAUUUGAAUAUGGCACAAUGGAAUCGCCAAUUAUUGGAUAAAUAUUGCAAAGAAUAUCGAGUUCCCAUGUUUUCAUUCAUGUCGAGUAAACCGAAUGACCAACUCAAGCGGAUAAAAAUCAAGGGAAGUUCACUUUGGAUGUGGCAAAAUCAACGAAUUCAACGACUCGCCGUCACUCCAUCCAUAAUUCACAGAAUCUCUAAAAUAGGAAACUAUCGGCAAUUUUCUUCAUCAGAUCCAGCCGAUUGGAUAUUAUUUGAAACAUCCGAAAAGUUCGAAUCAGUUCUAUCUGGAACAGUAAAGAGUGGUUAUGAGAGAGCAGUAGUUGUUAGAGACAAAGGAUUAGAAGAUGGCGUUGAAAGAAUAAUUUUUGGAAGAAAUUUGACAGAUUUUCAAGUUAAAAUCACAUUUCUGGAUGCUUUAUGGUGGGCAAUGGGUAACCAGAAAAGCUUCACACUGGAUAGAUUUGUACAAGUAGACAUCGAUGAUGUAUUCGUAGGUGCCCAGGGAACUCGGAUAGUAGAAGAAGAUGUGCGAAAAUUAAUUUCAACUCAAAAAGAAUUUCGAAAUUAUGUUCAAAAUUUCACAUUUAUGCUAGGAUUCUCGGGGAGUUAUUUUCGAAAUGGAGAUGAUUUGGAGGAUCGUGGAGACGAGUUUCUCGUUGAAAAUGCUGAAAAGUUCGUGUGGUUCCCACAUAUGUGGAGGCACAAUCAUGCUCAUGAACAUAAUUUCACGUAUCUAGAAGCUAUAAUGGCUCAGAAUAAACUCUUUGCGCAGAAUAUGCACCUUCCUGUUGACUAUCCGUAUGCGAUUGCUCCGCAACAUGAUGGUGUAUUUCCAGUUCACGAGCAAUUAUUUAGAGCGUGGAGAAAAGUUUGGAAUGUUUCUGUAACUGCAACUGAAGAAUAUCCACACUUCAAACCAGCAACAGCUCGAAAAGGUUUUAUUCAUGCUGGAAUACAUGUUUUACCCCGGCAAACAUGUGGAUUGUACACUCAUACUCAACUGUUUGAUGAAUAUCCAGAAGGAUUUGAUAAAGUUCAAAAAAGUAUUGAAGGAGGAGAUCUUUUCUUUACGAUUCUAUUAAAUCCGAUUUCGAUCUUCAUGACCCAUCAACAAAAUUAUGCUUAUGAUCGUCUGGCUCUGUAUACUUUUGAAAAUCUAUUUCGAUUCAUAAAGUGCUGGACGAAUAUUAAACUUAAAUGGCAAGAUCCUCUGACGUCAUCUCAGCUGUACUUUCAAAAGUUUCCUGAUGAAAGAACUCCUCUGUGGACGAAUCCUUGCACCGAUCCACGUCAUCAUGCGAUUCUUCCUCCAUCUAUCAACUGCACUAAGAAAUCAUUGCCUGAUUUGUUGAUUAUUGGACCUCAGAAAACUGGUUCUACCGCGUUGGCAAGUUUUCUAUCUCUUCAUCCAAAUACUUCACAAAAUACGCCAGUCCCUGGUAGUUUUGAAGAAGUUCAAUUUUUCGGUGGUCAAAAUUAUUUGAAAGGCGUUGAAUGGUAUAUGUCAAACUUUCCCAGCUCGUCUACAGUAACCUUUGAAAAAAGUGCAACAUAUUUCGAUAAUCCAUCGGCGCCGAAACAAGCCGCUUCCCUUGUUCCACAUGCAAAAAUAGUGAUAAUUCUUCAAAAUCCUGCACAAAGAGCUUAUUCGUGGUUUCAGCACAUCCUUGCCCACGAAGAUCCAGUAGCCAUUACUGCUGGUUCAUUGGAAGUUAUUCUUGAUUCAAAUUCCACUUCAUCGAAAAAAGUACGACAGAGGUGUAUAUCUGGUGGACGAUAUGUUCAUCAUCUGACAAAGUGGCUCGAACAUUUCUCUUUACAACAAAUGAUUUUUGUAGACUCUGAUGAGUUGAAGAUGAAGCCACCAACGGUACUCAACUCUUUAUCAAAAUGGCUUGAUCUACCGGAAUUUCCAUUUGAAACCUACAUACGCUAUAGUCCUUCAAAAGGAUUUCAUUGCCGUUUGUUGGAUGGAAAAACCAAAUGUUUGGGAGAAAGUAAAGGUCGAAAGUAUCCGGAAAUGCCUGAAAAUCUCCGUCGCAAACUGGAUAAAAUCUUCUCGCUAGACAACUCGGCACUUUAUAAAUUUUUACGAAAAAACAGACUGAAAAUUCCCACGUGGCUUGAGGAAUCGGUUAGAAUUCGUGCAUAAUUUACACUACUUUUUCUUGUACUUUGCCAUAACUGCUUGCUCAUUUUUGUAACAAAUGCCUGUACCUAUUGAUCUUUCGCUUGUUUAUUUUUUAAUACGGGUUUAAAUUUUUUAAACAAAAAUUGAAAUUUUUCCCGUGGAAAAAUCUAUAAAUAUACAAUGUAAAAUC